UGUGCGUCAGGCCUCCUGGACGCGGGGGGGCGCUGCAGCUGCGUUACCCGCCGGGAGAGGGAGGUUCUGUGUGCGUCAGGCCUCCUGGACGCGGGGAGGCGCUGCGGAGGCGCUCGGGAGUCACCGCCUCGCGGAGGCCGCUGGGAUUGCGAUGGCGAACCGGACGGUGAAAGAUGCGCACAGCAUCCACGGGACCAAUCCGCAGUAUCUGAUCGAGAAAAUCAUUCGCACUCGCAUCUACGAGUCCAAGUAUUGGAAGGAAGAAUGUUUCGGGCUUACAGCGGAAUUGGUUGUGGACAAGGCUAUGGAACUGAAAUACAUUGGUGGUGUUUAUGGUGGGAAUAUUAAACCUUCCCCAUUCCUUUGCCUGACUCUCAAGAUGCUCCAGAUUCAACCUGAAAAGGAUAUAAUUGUUGAAUUUAUAAAGAAUGAAGAUUUCAAGUAUGUUAGACUGCUGGGUGCCCUGUACAUGCGGCUGACAGGCUCUGCUAUUGAUUGUUAUAAAUAUCUGGAACCACUUUAUAAUGAUUAUCGGAAAGUGAAGAGACAAAAAAGGGAUGGAGAGUUUGAACUAAUUCAUGUUGAUGAAUUUAUGGACGAGUUACUGCACGAAGAGCGAGUUUGUGAUAUCAUUUUGCCCAGACUUCAGAAACGUUAUGUGUUGGAAGAAGCAGAGAUGCUGGAUACCCGAGUCAGUGCGCUGGAGGAAGAUAUGGAUGAUGUAGACACAAGUGAAGAUGAGGAUGAGGAUGAUAAGGGUGACAGAAUGCCAACACCAGAACCUCCACGGAGAGGUUACCGAGAUCUUGAUCGGCCUCGAAGAUCUCCCUCUCCACGGUACAGGAGAAGCCGAAGCAAGACACCAAGACGACGAAGUAGGUCUCCCAAAAGAAGAAGCCCAUCACCACGUCGUGAAAGGCAUCGCAGCAAAAGUCCCAGACGUCAUCGUAGUCGAUCCAGAGAUCGUCGUCACCGGUCAAGAUCCAAGUCUCCAGGUCAUCACAGAAGCCACAGACACAGAAGUCAUUCCAAAUCACCUGAAAGAUCAAAAAAGAGUCACAAGAAGAGUCGCAGAGGAAAUGAAUGAAGGUUUCACAAAAUCACGAAUAUACAUUUCCAGUGGAUCACGAGACCUGUUUGUAGAUAAAACGGCUAUGUUAACAAUUUUUGUCUUUGGUGUUACUUUUAACAUGUUAUUUGCAAAAAUUCCAUAUGACCUAAGAGAGUGCUAUGGUAAAACUUUUCUAAAGUUUUUGGAACAGGCAGAUAUUCACACUUCUGUUUUUUGUGAAUAGUAAGAAUGUUAAGUACUUUUUUUUAAAGUUACUUAACAAUUUUUAUUACUGUUGAAUUUGAUAAUGUUUUGGUUGUAAAACAAGGAGCAAAUUCAUUUUUUUUAAAACUAAUGUUUGGAAGAUGACUUAAAUGAGGCAAUGGUUAUGCAAAGAUUCACUUAAGACAUGACUUAUUCUAUUUCCGAGUCUGUGAUUGUUAACAGUCAAAGUUCACGCUGUUAUAAGAAUUAAAAGCUAAUACUGCGGAAAAUAUUAUUGCCAUUAAUGUAUUGUACAACUAAAGCACAUAAGCAUUUGUGUAUAUUAGCUGGCUAACCACAAUGGUUGUCCUCAUUGGCAAAAUACAAAUUAACAAUUUUAAAAGGAUGUGUUGGAAACAUUUUGUGAUAAUUAAAACCUUUGAUAAAUACA